GAUUUUUACAUUGAACUUUCUCUAACAAUUAAUUAAUCAAUUAUUUACGCUUGAAUUUCAACUUCAUGUCGUGUAAAUUGAUCAAACUUUCUCGACCACAGCAUCCAAGCAUGUAAUUCAGAUCUUGAAGGUUUGGCAUUGAUAAUUUCAAUCAAUCACGAACUUUGGUUUUUAUAAAUUCUGAUUUGGUUUUUUUUUUCUUCAAAUUUAUGUGAAAAUAGUAUCAUGUUAUCCAUGAAUAAUAAUCAACACAUCAUUGUAAAAUUAUUUGUAUUUUAUCUUAAAGCUAUAAGGUCUUUGCUUGAGAAGACAAUUAUCUAGAUAUUGAGAGGUAUGUAUGUGUUCACAAAUUAUUCGAAAACAUGGGUGUUUCAUGUCAUCCAUGAAUAACAAUCCAAUCAUCAAUGUGAAUUAUUUGUAUUUCAUCUUCAUUUCCACGAAGAAGAACAAGUUCUAUAGAACAUAUUUCCAGUCAAAAACUGGUUACUGGCAAGGCUACAUCAUUUCGUUAUUACUUUAUCAGAAGCUUCAAGGAAGAAAAACAGAACUGACUUCUCAUUUUCUAAAAGUGAUCAAAAAAGAAUAAUUUUUUUCACUUCAUUUUCUAACAAUUAACGUUGAACACAUUGUUCAUGUACACGUUUUCUUCACUUCAAAAGACGAUCAAAAGCUAAUGCAUAGGCAAUGACCAAGACUUGACAAUUAUACUUUUUGCCAGGCUUCUUUAAAUACCUUAAGUUUAGGGUUAAUGGCUUCAAGCCUGAACUGAAUAGCUAUGGCAUCCCAUUUUUUCACUUCUAUAGCAAUAUUAUUUUUACUCUCUAUAUAUGUCAAGAGCAAUGAAAUUUCGGAUUCAGAGCCUCUGCAGGCAGCAGAUGCAAAAGCUUUGAUGGAGACUGGGUGGUGGACUAACCAUAGCAAAAAAGAUGCUGACCAUUGUAGAUGGCCUGGUGUCAGAUGCAACGUAGUUGGAAGUGUCACCCAAAUUGAUCUCAGUGGCCGUGGACUCAAUGGGAAUAUACCACCUCAGAUAGGUGCCCUUUCAAAACUCAAAUAUCUCAACCUGUCCGGGAAUAGUCUUAGAGGUGAGUUACCUCCUUCAUUUAGAAACCUCACUCAAUUAUUGGUGCUUGACAUUUCUUAUAACGAGAUUGAUUCCAUUUCCCUGGCAAUAGAGAACAUGAAGAAUCUUGUUUCUCUAAAUUUGACUAAGAACCUCGUCGUGCAUAUGCCUUCAGCUAUAGGUUUUUUGAGCAAUCUCACCCACUUGAAUAUGGACUUCAAUCGAUUACAGAGCAUCCCCCACGAACUAUGGAACCUGGAAGGGUUGAUGACUCUCAACCUCAGUCACUGCGUGCUCAGUGGCCCUAUCCCACUAAAUAUUGCCAAGCUAAAGAGUUUGGUUACUCUUGAUCUUUCAAGCAACAUGCUUGUUGGUCCUAUCCCACAAAAUAUUGCAAAGCUAAAGAGUUUGGUUACUGUUGAUCUUUCAAGCAACAUGUUUGUUGGUCCAAUCCCUUCUCCUGUUAACAAUUUAACCAAUCUGACAACGUUGUACCUUCAAGAUAACCAACUCAAUGGAUCCAUUCCGAAAGAAAUUGGGAGACUAACCAAUUUGGUUGCUCUAGAUCUCUCCUUCAAUAUGCUUUUGGGUCCUAUCCCUUCUUCUGUUAGCAAUUUAACCAAUCUGACAACGUUGGACCUUCAAAAUAACCAACUCAAUGGAUCCAUUCCAAAAGAAAUUGGGAGACUAACCAAUUUGGUUGCUCUAGAUCUCUCCUCCAAUAUGUUUUUGGAUCCCAUCCCUUCCUCUUUGGGUCGAUUAACGAAAUUAGUAUAUCUCAACCUUGGGUCUAAUCAAAUUAAUAGUUUCAUCCCUCGUGAAAUUGGAAAUAUGAAGAAUCUCAAUUUUCUUUGGUUGGAUUCAAACAAAAUUCUUGGUCCACUCCCUCCAAAUUUGGGCAAUUUAUCCAAUUUGGAAAGUUUGAGCCUUUAUAGAAAUCAAAUAAAUGGUUCAAUCCCUUCAGAAAUAACAAAUCUUAAUAACUUGGUACUCUUGGAUCUCGGCGCCAACAAUUUCAGUGGUCAAAUCCCUCCAUUUCUAGGUCUGUUACCCAGUUUGACUAGUUUGUACCUAGAUUCAAAUCUUUUUGAGGGUUUCAUCCCAUCAGAUAUUGGAAAAUUAAAGAGUCUAACUACGUUGUACCUCUCUUAUAACAAACUCACAGGUCCAAUCCCUUCAUUCCUGUGUCAUUUGACUAAUUUGGAAGUUUUGUCCCUUUCUGGGAAUAUUUUACAUGGUUCCAUCCCUUCUGAAAUUGGAAAUAUGAAGAAUCUAAAAUAUUUAUAUCUAGAUUCUAACAACAUUUCCAAUUCUAUCCCUUCAUCUCUACUUCAUUUAACCAAUUUGUUCUAUCUAUCCCUUGCUUCAAAUCUUUUUGAAGGUCCCAUACCCCAUGAAAUUGGGAGUUUGAAAGCUUUGAGUUACUUGGAUCUCUCCCAAAACAGAUUGAGUGGACCUAUUCCAACUCAAAUUGAUAAAUGCUUAAAUUUACUAGAAUUGAAUUUAGCAAACAAUCAUUUGAGUGGAAGGGUUCCCAACUUUCCUUUGCAUUUGGAGAAACUCAAUUUGUCAUUUAACUCCUUGAUGGGUCCAAUUCCAAGUGUGUUGUUUCAUCUUCCACCAGAGUCAUUUACAGGCAAUAAGGAUUUAUGUGGUGCCAUUACAAGCUUCUCACCGUGCCCUUCAUCUUCAUCUCCAACUGUAAAAGGGAAAAGAAACAGCAAAGUGAUGCACAAUCUAAAAAUCAUUAUUAUCGUUCCAACAUUAUAUUUUGUCUCAACUUUGGCAUUGGUGAUGUUGGCCAUUUUCCGAUAUAGUGCUAAAAGUUUCAAACCUGAUCCCGGUGCAACAAAAAAUGGAGAUAUAUUCUCAGUGUUGAACUAUGAUGGAAGAAUUGCGUAUGAAGACAUCAUUAAAUCAACCGAGGAUUUUGACAUCAAAUAUUGCAUUGGAACUGGAGGCUAUGGCAGUGUAUACAAAGCAUGUUUACCUAGUGGUAGAGUGGUUGCUUUGAAAAAGCUUCACCGUUUUGAAGCCGAGAAGCCAGCAUUCAGCAAGAGCUUUGGAAAUGAGGUGAAGUUGCUGACAGAAAUACGACAUAGAAAUAUUGUGAAGCUUCAUGGAUUUUGCCUACACAAGCAAUGCAUGUUUUUGAUUUAUGAAUACAUGGAAGGAGGAAGCUUGUUUUGUGUUCUAAGCAAUGAUGCUGAAGCUGUGGAAUUGGAUUGGAUUAAAAGAGUUAAUGUCAUCAAAUGUGUAGCACAUGCUCUAGCUUACUUGCAUCAUGAUUGCUCACCACCAAUUGUUCAUCGAGACAUAUCAAGCAACAAUGUUCUCUUGGAUUCAAAUUUGGAGGCUGUCGUUUCUGACUUUGGAAAUGCUGGACUCUUGGAUCCUGAUUCAUCAAAUCAGAGCAUACUUGCAGGCACUUAUGGCUACAUAGCUCCAGAGUUUGCAUAUACAAUAGUUGUAAGUGAAAAAUGCGAUGUUUAUAGCUUUGGAGUACUGGCAUUGGAAACACUAAUGGGAAAGCAUCCUGGGGAGCUCUUAACAUCACUUUCAUCAGCUUCUUCCCAAAACAUGAUGCUUAGUGAUAUAUUAGACCCUCGUCUAUCACCUCCAACAAAUAAAAGGAUCACCCUUGAUAUUAUUCUUGCUUCUAGUCUUGCUUUUGCAUGCUUAAGUCUCAACCCAAAGUUCCGGCCAACAAUGAAAAUUGUGUCUCAAGAGUUUCUUGUUCAGCGAAGACCAUUACUCUCGAAGCCCAUCCGAGAAGUCUCGUUCUCAGAACUUCUGAACAGUAAAAUGUAUGUGUAAAAUUAAAGACAAAAUCAGUUCAAACUAUUUUUUUAUGCCAAUCCAGGCGAGUGUCCUAUUGUUUCAUCAGAAUUUAGAUUUCAUUUACAAUUUCUGAUCUUUUAUCUGUCCUUUGAUUCCUCCCUGAUUUUCUUGUUAAAGGUUGGUCCCAGUGGACAUGAAUUAUCAAAGUGAUUGGUGUUGUAUGCCAAAUUUAUCCACAUUUUUACUCCAACAGACGAAGAAGAAAAGUCAUUAAGAAAAAAU